AUAGAGUGGUGAGAUCUGUGUCUGGCGGCGGAGGAGGGGAACUAGGAAGAGGGAGAGAUGUUUGAAGCGAAGAGUGUUUGGAAGACGAGGGUGCCUUAUUCGCUGAUUCACCAUCCCUCUCCCGGAAACCUCCAGCCUACUCGCCUUGCCAUUCAUGCUGAUGGAGACGCUUGUUCGUGCUGGGUCUACAUCGCUUCUGGCUGCUGCGUUUACAAACUCCAGAUACCAAUGCAAGAUUCUUUGGUUAAUUGGGGAAAAGAAAACCUUUUGAUUCCUGAGCAAACACAGGUUAUGCACUCUUCAGUAGUUAACCGCUGUCCACAUCGAUCAGAAAUUCAGAGCAUAGCUAUUGCUGAAAUGGAGAGCAGUAGUACCUUAUUGUUGGGAAGUGUGGACUCUUAUGGUCGCCUUAUUGUUUCUAAGCUGGAUUUUAGUGGUCAAGUUAUUGCAGAUGUUGAUAGGCUUACAUUUUCAGUAUUGCCUCAAGAUUGUGGAGUUGGAGAGGGUGGUUGGGCAGGGCUGUGCUUCAGUCCAAGUCAAUGGUCCAUGGCAGCUGUGGCACACAGCUUCCACAAAAGUGUUGAUGUAUAUGACCAAGAUAUUCACCUCCGGACUUUACGCACAUUGUGGUAUCCAUCUUCCUUAACCUUUAUGCAGAGCAUCUGUAGCGGAAAUGAUAGUUCUAUAUUAGCUGUUACAGAAGGUAGUCAGCUCACCAUAUGGGACCUGCGAAUGAGAGAAAAUGGCGGUUGUGUGCAAAGGAUAUCUGGUUCUAUUGGAAAUAUGUUAUAUGCAGUCUGCAGUUCUUCUUGUGGUGUUGCAGUGGGUGGAGCUGAUCGUACUGUUACCAUCUAUGAUCCUCGCAGGUGGUCAGCACUAUCAAGAUGGGUGCACUGCUCAAAAUAUGAGAUAACUGGACUUGCUUUCUCAUCAAUUCACUCUGAUUACAUUUACAUACAGGGUGUUGAUAAUGAGGUAUUCUGUGGACAAUGGAAAGAAAGUAAGAAAGUAUUAUCUUUUAGAGGAGAUUCAAACUGGCUUGGAUUUAGCAAGUGUACCAACAGUGAUAUUUUGGGGGGAUGGUGUGACUCGGGCAGCAUCUUUGUUGCUGACAUUGCUAAGGGAAAUGAGUUACACAUGGCAGAAGGUUUCUGUAACUAAAUACGGUGUUGAUGCUUCAACUGGCUGCUGAUCUGUUUAUCAAGAUCGAUGUGUAAGUGCUCACCCAUGAGCCAGUAAACUCAGCUAAAUGUGUUGUUUUCUAUGCCUACAACAGAAGUAGACUUUGCAAGAUCUGUGGAGUUAACAAUCUUAGCUUAGUUAUGAACGUCCAGAAAGUCAGGAUUUGUGCUUUUGAAUCUUUUUAGAUUUUAUCAUUUGCAAGCUCACCACAGUGAAAUGAAAUUGCUUAUGUUGAGAGCUAUCUCUUAAUCUUAGUAAACCUUUAAUGAGGUAUCGGCCAUGUUAGACGCUUAUAAUUGUGGAUUAUGUUAUUCUUUUUCGCCUUUCCCUAUGUUAUGCUCACUUUCCUUAGGGGCUAGACAUGCAAUGAUACAGGUACUUGGAUGUUGAGGAGCUAUUAGUACCCAAAACUUUAUUCACCAUACGCUUUAUUGCAAGGAGAUAGAAGCUCUCUCUCUCUCUCUCUCUCUCUCUCUCUCUCUCAUCUGGGCGUAUGACAUUGAGAUGGGUUAUGAAUCUUUCAAAGUGAGUGUAUCCAGGGGAGGUGUACAUGGGAGUGGUCCCUUUUGUUAGGGCUCGAUGAGUUUUGUUGGCUGGUCUUGUUAGGAAACUGAAGAUGGAUGAGGUCAGUGUUGAGGUCAUCAAUUUGAGGCUAAGCCUCCCCAACUGCUUUUGAAAGUGACUUUUUGGAAAAUUAUUAUUGGCCUUAUCUGAAGAUUCUGAAAACCCUUUAAAUGUUUGACAACCACCCUUCAACUCCCCAACUUAUAUUACACGGAGGUUAGCAUGAAUUUCUUGUUUUGAAAGAUAAAGUUUUGAUAGUGACAAAGAGAUAGUGACAAAGAGAGUGACCACUGAUGCUAAUUGAAUGGGGCUCGUUGAUUGCUUUAUUCUCACAGAAGCAAGGAAAUUUCAUGCUUUACUGCACAAGCAGGCAUCUGAUGGAAGAAACCCAAACCUAUGGAUAGACUCAAGAUUCCAUCUUUGGCGGCAGCAGCAGUUGGAUAAAUUUUGCUGCAAGGCUUGCUCACAACUGUAGUUCUUUUUUGUCAUUUUUGUCUUGAAAAUUAUCGUGUUAGUGCCCAACCCAAAAACUAAAAGAAAUGCGUUUGUAGUACACGAGUCUCCCCCUUUACUUUGGGUGCACGCAACAUUUAUUUUGUUUUUUUGUAAAUAGAGUAUUUUUACAACUUGAAUUUAUAA